AUGGUGGGUUUGGAUAUUACAAUUACACCGCCCCAUCCCCCUCCGUUGAAAGAUGAGGAGGCACCCUCCACAAGUUGGGAGGUUCUAGUAAAGCUACGAUGCGGUCCAACGCUCGUCAAAAUAAUAUGCUGGUUCGCAGCCUUCUCGGAACUGAUUGUAAUCUCUGCGGCUCUUGUUCCCUCCUGCAACCUUUCCCGACAGAUAUUGGGUCUUCUCGGUGGCAAGGAAAGUGUUGACUUUAUCCACGCUUCGCCUCUCUGUAUUAUGGGCACCGCACUUGCUGCCUUGGGAGGAAUGAUUCGAUAUUCAUGCUAUCGAGAACUCGGAGACCUAUUCACAUUCGAGAUGAGCAUCAAGCGUGGACAUAGAUUGGUGACGACCGGUCCAUACUCACUGACUAGACACCCGGGGUACACAGGAGUUGUAUGCACGGUCGUUGGAAUAGCUAUGCUGCACACAGGACCAGGAUCCAUGGCAAGGGAAUGCGGAAUCCUGGAAAGCAGAGUCGGGAUGGCUGUUCUGUGUAUGUAUCUUGGCCUUACGGGUUUCAUAACAAUCGGGCUGUUAGGUCGUAUGGGAAAAGAAGACGAAGCAUUGAAAGAGAUGUUCAAGGAAGAGUGGGAAGGAUGGGUAAGGAGGGUUCCGUGGAAGCUUGUCCCCGGAGUCUGGUGA